UACAUUAUGUAUGUUGAGAAAUCACAAAGAAAAAGAAUCAUGAGUGGAAGUGGUGCUUGCCAAUAUAAUAACCCUUCAUAUACUACAACAACCAUGUUUUCUUUGAACCAAAACAAAAAUAAUCAAUCUCAACUUCAAGUCAAAAUCGAAAAUUCGAAAUCACGUUACACUUCUAGUACUUGUACUAGUAAUUUUCAGAUGCCAUUGCACUAUCCAAGGUACAAAAAAUCCGAUUACGAGACGAUGCCGAUGUGGAAACUCGAUUGCCUUCUCAGACAAUAUGGACUACCGGUGAUCGGAGAUGUUAAUCACAAGAGGAAGUUUGCUAUGGGAGCUUUCCUUUGGCCUAGCCAAACUUAAGCACUUUGAAUGAUUCAGAAUAUUCUGGGAUGAGUUCUGCAGGUUCAACUGAACGUUACUAAAUUUAAAUUGUGAAUUCGACUAGAAAUUGUAAUAUUGAACUAUGAUCAUUGUCAUGGUUUUAGUAUUAUUGAAAUAAUGUGAUAUGUCAUAAUGUAUCCUAUAGGAACAUUAGUAGUGUUUUAUUUUAAUUUCCUCUCUUACUAUAUUU